AUGUCGCAAACAUUCACCCCCGCCGACGUCGCCUCCCACAACAGCGCCGACAAGAGCUUGUACAUUAUCAUCGACAAUAAUGUGUACGACGUGACCAACUUCAUCGACGAGCACCCAGGCGGCGCGAAGAUUCUCAAGCGCGUUGCUGGCAAGGAUGCGUCCAAGCAGUUCUGGAAGUACCACAACGAAUCCGUUUUGAAGAAGUACUCCCCAAGCUGA